GACUGGACUGUCGCUGUCAUUGCACACGGGAAGAGAGGAGGAGAAGCCGCUGAGGGCUCUUAGCAAUCUCUGCCUCUGGGAUGCAGCCGCUCCCACAGCCUGUCCCCGGGCCUCUGGCUCUGCUGGACACCACAGAAGGGUUCGCGAGGAGGAAGAAGACCUCCCUGUGGUUCGUGGGGUCUCUGCUGCUGGUGUCCAUCCUCAUACUGACCAUUGGCCUUGCUGCCACCACCAGGACAGAGAACGUGACGGUGGGGGGCUACUACCCUGGGAUCAUCCUGGGCUUUGGAUCUUUCUUAGGAAUCGUUGGCGUCAACCUGGUGGAGAACCGAAGACAAAUGUUGGUGGCGGCCAUCGUGUUCAUCAGCUUUGGUGUGGUGGCUGCGUUCUGUUGUGCCAUUGUGGAUGGCGUGUUUGCAGCACAACACAUUGAGCUGAGGCCCCUGAGCACGGGAAGAUGCCAGUUUUACUCCAGUGGGUCGGGGUACCUGUACGAUGUCUACCAGACAGAGGUUACCUGCUACUCCCUGAAUGGCAGGUGCCAGCUGAAGGUGAGGAGCAACACGUGUUAUUGCUGUGACCUCUACACCUGUGGGAGCAUGGAGCCGUCACCUGCCUACUAUGAGUUUGUGGGUGUACGCAGCUGUCAGGACGUCAUCCAUCUGUACAGGCUGCUCUGGGUCUCCACAGUGCUGAACGUUUUGGGCCUGUGCAUGGGUAUCGUCACGGCUGCGGUCCUGGGAGCCUUCAAGGACAUGGUCCCUCUGUCCCAGCUCGCCUAUGGCCCGUCCUCCCCACCUCAGAUCCUCUACAACCCUGCCCAGCAGAUCCUGGCCUACACUGGCUUUUGCACACCGCCUGCAACCGUGCCAACCUGCUCAUCCUACCCUCUCCCUCUUCAGCCCUCCGGUGCCCUGCCGGCCUCAGCCUCUGCUGACCUCUGUCUGCCUGAGGACGCGAGGCCUCCCUCCAGCCAAGGGCGGCUGCCCAAUGCCCCUCCGCUCUGCGCGCCAGCCUACUUCCUCCCAGGGGAGAAGCCACCCCCCUACGCACCGUGA